AAUUUCACAACAAACAGAACCCACCGAUGAAACAAAUCAUCAUGAAACACCCUUUGCACCCAACACUCCAAAAAAGCAUUUCUAUUCCUCAUCAAAACCUUCCAUCCCAUAAAUUUACAAAUCUUAACUCAAUCCACCUCUCACCCACAACCCCCCCAAAACCAUGAACUACCCUUCUUUCCCUCUCUUUCUCACCACAUUCUCACUAAUCAUCUUUCUUAGAAUAUCCCAAGUCACUACCACCAUCACCGCUACUGCUGCCACCGUCUCUACGACGCUCCCUCCCCAAUUAAUCUCUCUCCUCUCUCUAAAAUCCUCGCUCAACGACCCUCUCAACACAUUCCAUGACUGGAACCUCACUGCCACCGCCACCGUCGCCGCCGCCGCCACCUCAAACACCCCUAGUUCCCAGCCCGUUUGGUGCUCGUGGUCCGGUGUAAAAUGCGACCACCGGGCCUACCAAGUCACGUCACUCGACCUCUCCGGACGCAACCUCUCCGGCACGUUUCCCCUCCAAAUCCGAUACUUAAUGCACUUACAUCACCUCAAUUUAAGCACAAACUCAUUCGACGGUCCUUUCUCCGCCAUCAUCUUCAACCUACCGUUCCUCCGAACUGUCGAUAUUAGCCACAACUACUUCAAUUCGACAUUCCCUCCCGGUAUAUCAAGACUCAAAUCUCUCACUGUCUUCAAUGCCUACUCCAACAGCUUCACCGGCCCUAUUCCACCGGAGAUCACUUCGCUCCGCUCCCUCCGAAUCCUCAACCUCGGCGGAAGCUACUUCGACGGUUCCAUUCCGGCCAGUUUCGGAUAUUUCCCGAAUUUAACAUUCUUAAAUCUCGCCGGAAAUCUUCUUACGGGUCCAAUUCCUCCAGAGAUGGGUUCUCUGCCUCGGCUCGAGCGGUUAGAGAUCGGAUACAACGAGUUUACCGGCGGAGUUCCGGCAGAGUUUGGAAAUUUACCGAAUUUCAAGUACUUAGACAUGUCCUCUGCGAAUCUCUCUGGCCAACUCGCCCCUGAACUCGGCAAUCUGACUACACUCGAGACCUUGCUGCUCUUCAAGAACCACUUUUCCGGUUCCGUGCCGGCGAGUUUCGCGAAAUUACAAGCUCUCAAGGCUCUUGAUUUGUCAGACAACCAACUUUCCGGGCCUAUUCCGGCCGGAAUUUCAUCACUCAAAGAGCUCAUCGUUCUGAGUUUAAUGAACAAUCAACUUUCCGGGCAAGUACCAGAUGGUAUUUCUGAUCUUCCAAAUCUCCAAAUGCUGUUUCUCUGGAACAAUUCACUCACCGGAGCUUUACCGGAGAAAUUAGGAUCGACCCAGAUGUUGCAAAAGCUUGAUGUUUCGUCGAAUUCGCUUUCCGGUCCGGUACCUCCAUAUAUCUGCUUCGGAAACAUGUUACUUAGACUCAUUCUUUUCGGAAACAAAUUCACCGGUGAGCUUCCUUCAUCGCUCGUAAAUUGCACCUCCUUAUCAAGGGUUCGAGUACAAGACAACAAUCUCAACGGUUCAAUUCCAUUUGGGUUUGGUUCUUUGCCCAACUUGACAUACAUAGAUUUGAGUAAAAACAACUUCACCGGUGCAAUUCCUAGAGAUUUCGGCAAUGCGGCCACGUUAGAGUUCUUGAACGUAUCAGAAAAUUCGUUCAACUCCGAGUUGCCGGACAAUAUAUGGAGCGCGCCGAAUUUGCAAAUAUUUUCAGCUUCUUCUUCUAAGCUCACGGGUCGAAUUCCGGACUUCAUUGGUUGUAAAGGCUUGUAUAAGAUUGAAUUAGAAGGUAAUAGUUUGCAUGGAAGCAUCCCUUGGGACAUUGAUCAUUGUGAGAAGCUGAUUUACUUAAAUUUGCGUCAUAAUUCACUUUCGGGGAUUAUCCCGUGGGAGAUAUCGACGCUUCCAUCAAUAACCGAUGUUGAUUUAUCCUACAAUUUCUUGACCGGGACGAUACCUUCGAAUUUCGACAAUUCUAGCACACUCGAAGCCUUCAAUGUUUCGUAUAACAAUCUCACCGGAGAAAUACCCAUGUCCGGGACGAUUUUCCCGAAACUCCAUCCCUCGUCGUUUAUUGGCAACGAAGGUCUCUGCGGAGGAAUCCUCCUAAAGCAGUGUGACACUAACGGUCUCGUCGCCGGAGCUGCGGAGGUCAAGCAACAGCCGAAGAAGACCUCCGGUGCAAUCGUGUGGAUCAUGGCGAUCGCCUUCGGGAUCGCUCUAUUUGUUCUUAUCGUUGCUAGUCGUUGCUUCCGGGCAAACUACAACCGUCGAUUUUCUGGCGAUCGCGAGAUCGGACCGUGGAAGUUAACCGCCUUCCAACGGUUGAAUUUCACGGCGGAUGAUGUGUUGGAGUGCUUAUCAAUGUCUGAUAAGAUCUUAGGGAUGGGAUCUACUGGAACAGUGUAUAAAGCCGAGAUGCCAAGUGGAGAGAUCAUAGCGGUAAAGAAAUUAUGGAGCAAACACAAAGAAACGAUCAGGAGAAGACAAGGUGUGUUAGCUGAAGUCGAAGUGUUGGGCAAUGUGAGGCACCGGAACAUAGUGAGAUUGUUAGGUUGUUGCAGCAAUAACGAGUGCACGAUGCUACUCUACGAGUACAUGCCUAAUGGGAGCUUAGAUGACUUGUUGCAUGGUAAGAACAAGCGGGAUAAUUUGGCGGCGGAUUGGCUGACUCGGUAUAAGAUAGCCUUAGGCGUGGCUCAAGGGAUUUGUUAUCUCCACCAUGAUUGCGACCCAGUGAUCGUUCAUCGUGAUCUCAAACCCAGUAAUAUACUAUUGGACAGCGAAAUGGAGGCUAGAGUGGCUGAUUUUGGUGUGGCCAAGCUAAUCGAGAGUGAUGAAUCUAUGUCAGUCAUUGCUGGUUCCUAUGGCUACAUUGCACCAGAAUAUGCCUACACAUUACAAGUUGACGAGAAAAGUGACAUUUACAGUUAUGGGGUGGUGUUGAUGGAGAUGUUAAUCGGGAAGAGAUCAGUCGACUCGGAAUUCGGUGAUGGCAAUAGCAUUGUGGAUUGGGUGAGGUCAAAAAUGAAGACCAAGGAUGGCCUUUACAGUGUGCUAGACAAGAAUGCUGGAGCAUCAUGUGUUUUAGUGAGAGAGGAAAUGAUGCUAUUGCUAAGGGUUGCAUUACUUUGUACUAGCCGGAACCCUGCUGACCGGCCCUCAAUGAGGGAUGUCGUGUCAAUGCUGCAAGAAGCCAAGCCUAAGCGGAAAUUGCCCGGAAAUGGUGGUGGGCGUGACAAUGCAACUGGUGGUGGUGAUGGCGGUGGUGGUGCUAAUCCUUUGGCACAAAAAGCAACUGUUGAAUGUUAAUAUAAUUGGUUUUAAGGGUUUUUUCUUUAUUUUAUUUUAUUUUAUUUUUUUCAAAUUGUGGGGAUUGGUAUAGGAGAAGUGAUUUUGUUUUGUUUUGUUUUGUUUUGUUUUUAAAUUUGCAAUGGAAUUUCACAAGUGUUGUGAUUUUGCUGGUGAUGUGUUAUGUUGGGCAAUGCUCCUUAACAUCAAGGAUUAGUGUUUCAUUACAUUAAGAUAUAAAUAUUAGUGUUUGUUGCAAUCCUGUUUGAUACAA